AUGCCCCGAGUUCUACCGUGGGAACUGGACGAGCCGAAGCGGGAACGCUCGACGCCGGAGAGGCCCAUCAAGCGUGAGCUAGGAGCGCAGCGGAGCUCGACAAGCACUGCGCUUUCAGGUAGACUCAAUCGAACACCCUCAACUUCGCCUGUUCGAGAACCGCCCUCUGAAGAGCUCAUGAUAAAUGGCCUCGACGCCGACGAUCAAUACAUCAUGGUCGAGGAUGAGUUCCUGUCAACCGCUCGAUCAUUUACGGCACAUUUGCAUCGCGCCGAAUAUACUCGUAAAAGAAAGAAAGCCAAGACGGAAAAUGCCUCGAAGGUGAUGAGAAUGACCCAGCGACGGCCUACUGAUCCGAAGAUGUCUAUGAAUAAUGCAACCAAAAAGAGUAUUCAGCGCGAAUCCUCAAAUAUGCAGCGUCUGGAGGCAUUGGAAAAGAUGAAGGAGGACGCUGGAAGGCCGCAGGUUGAUGAUUCUGAUAUGGAAGAAACAGACGAUGAAGAUAUAGGGAUGAGUGAUGAAGACCGAGACGAUGACCCAUGGGUAGGAACUUCAUUGCAAGCAUUGAUGGUGACUGCGAAGCAAUCCCGUCCGCUCAUGGGUCUACAGGGGAUCAAGUCGUCCACAAAGGCAGCGUUAGGCUACUCUCGACCAGCGAACACGAGUGGUGGCGUUGAAAAGUCCUUGCGAGACAAGGGCGCAGGCGAAGCUUCCAGCGAUGAUGAUGACCUAGGCGUCCAGGCUAGGUCAUUAAGCCGACCACCGGCUAUACCAGCCCGAUCUAAGACAUCAGUACCAGCAUGCACCUCCAAGCUAACUCCUGUCGCUCUCCCGCAUAAGAGAGACUCGACUCCUUCAAUUGCAAGGGCAGACCCAGCACCCUCGCCUAUCAAGCAGCCACAUGUAAACAUCAGAGAGUCCCAGAGCUCUAGCAGCGGGUCGUCUUCGCCUGCUACUCGAUCAAAUUCAGCACCCAAGCCUCGUGGAAGCUCGAGCUCCCGAUUUGCAAAAUUCUUCGAUGAGCUAGACGAGCCAGCCAAGGAACCGGGUUCGAGCCCUGCUAAACGCCAAGUGAAAAUUGAAGAAAGUGAUCCUACAUUUGACCAGAUCAAAACUUUCCAGUCUGAGGAUGCAGGGGAGGGUAAGAAGCUUCAAAAACUGCGCCUGAACCAGGUUCCGACAUUUCUAUGA